UUGUCCCUAACAUGUGAGCACAGCUUCAAUAUUAAAUCUGUAUUCAAUGAAUUAUUGAAUAGCGGAGUGGUUAGUAUCGUAAGCGGUGUAUUGAAUGAUUGUCGCGAGUGUUCCGUGCUCCGUCCGGUCCGCGUGGCACAAGAUUGCGAAGGCGCUGUUUGCUCUUUGGCGGAGGCCGCAUCGGGCUUUCGGUUCAGCGAGCCGUGCAGCGACCGCGCAGCCUCUCGGGUCACGUCCUCGGCCAAAUUGAAAUAUCCCCGUUACCCUGCCUUCCACUCCUCGCACAAGUUGCCUCCUCUCUUCAUAUAG